CUCACUUUAAUCAACUAAUACAACAAAAACCUGAAUAUGACUCGCAUGUUCUAGAAAAAAGAGCCCCAAAAAUACCCAUCUUAAACGACACAACUCGAGACAAGUACGCGUUCACCAAUCUUUGGAGACCAAAAAGAAUGGACGCCUCUGGUCGAGCUAUGGUGGAAGCCAUCCACGCCAGCCCCACCCAAGCCGUGCUCCACCUCUCCGGCGGCGCGUCUCAGGCGCUAGGUUGGCUGAUGUCUGUGCCGGGAGCUUCAAACACGGUCUUAGAAGCCGUCGUGCCUUAUUCCAGAAUGUCCAUGAUUCAGUUGCUGGGCAAGGUUCCAUCCCAAUUCGCCUGCCGGCAAACAGCAGAGGACAUGGCAUUGAUGGCUUAUAAUAGAGCUCUGAGACUUUCUACGCCUGGGUUCCCGGCCCUUGGUGUGGGUUUUAGUGGUUCUCUUGCCAGCACACGUCCCAAACUUGGAGAUCACAGGUUUCAUGUAUCUACAAGGACAUCUGACAAGCUUUGGGCAUCUACUGUUACUCUGUCAAAGGGUCUGCGAACUCGUGAAGAAGAAGAUACAGUUUCUAGCCAGUUCCUGUUGAAGGCCAUAGCAUAUGCCAGCAAGGUUCCGACAACUUUCAUUUCUGGAUUAGCUGAUUCAGAAAUUCCUAAUGAAUUUGAAGUGCAAUUUGAUGAAGACCAGGAGUUGGAGCAACUUAUCAGUGGGCAGAUAUGCUUUAAGGUUUACCCCUUUUCAAGUGCUAUGUCAAAGGCAGAAAGGAAAAUAAUAUUGUCCGGCUCCUUUAAUCCUUUGCAUGAUGGCCACCUGAAGCUCUUAGAAGUUGCAUCAAGGUAGGUCCACAUUUUCCAGGGUAUCUUUAUUUCUGAGGAUGAGACCUGUGAUUGGAACAUUGAAUUUGAAUUUCUUCAUUUAUGGGAAAAGUUCGUUUUGUUUACUUC